AUGGAUUUUCUCUUUCAAGCUGUUGCCUCGGGGCCGAUGCCAUGCCAGCGAAGUCGAUCGGAGGCUUGGAACUUUCUGCAUUGGUGGCUGAUGCAAACUAUUCGCUAUGCUAUGCUAGACACUAGGCAUAAUACAAAUCUGGCAAGACCAGGAGACAUGAGCCUCCAUCCAACACCUCCCUUCUUCCACCCCAAACCAAACCAACAAGUCUACCAACCUUUCCGGCCACCCCCUUCUCCUAUCCCAGAGCAAUACAGCUCCCUAGACGUCAAUGGCCGCCUCGAAAUCCUCGCCAACCGACUCGGCUUAUGGUACGAGUACGCCCCAUUGAUCCCAUCUCUACUUCAACAGGGCUUCACUCCUCCCACUAUUGAAGAAAUUACAGGCAUCUCUGGAGUCGAGCAGAACCGCCUUGUGGUCGCAGCUCAAGUGAGGGAGUCACUUAUCCAUUCCAAGACCGACCCUGAAAUCAUGGCUGAAUUUGACACCGGAGGGUCGGAGCUGCUGUAUGAGAUAAGGCUGCUGAGUGUUCAGCAGCGGGCUGCGGCGGCGAGGUUCAUUGUGGAGAAGAAGCUUGAUGCUAAAGGAGCUGGAGACCUUGCUCGUGCGACUAAGGAUUUUCCGAGGAGGCGUGGGGAUAAGGGUUGGGAGAGCUUUGAUUAUACAAACCCUGGUGAUUGUUUGGCGUUUAUGUAUUAUAGACAAGCUAGGGAGCAUAAUGAUAUGAGUGAGACUAGGACUGAUGCGUUGGAGGAGGCAUUGAAGGUUGUGGGGAGUGAGAAGGCGAGGAGUGUGAUUGUGAGGGAGUUGGAGGGGGCGAGUGUGAGAGACGAGGAAGAGGAGGUUGUGGCGGUGGUGAAGGUUCCGGUGGUGAGGUUGAAGUUUGGGGAGGUGGGGGAGUCGAGUAGGGUGGUGGUAUUGCCGGUAUGUAAGGCGGAGGAGAAGGAUAAGGAGGUAAUGGAGGCGCCGUGGGAGUGUGAGAGUGAAGGAGAGUUGGGGGUGGUGGUGGCGGAGAAGGGGUGGAAGAGGUGGGUGGUGCUGCCGGGGUGGGAGCCGGUUGUGGGGUUAGGAAAGGGAGGAGUGGUGGUGUCGUUUAGCGAUGCGAGGGUGUUGCCGUGGAAGGUGAAUAGGUGGUAUAAGGAGGAGCCGAUAUUGGUGGUGGCGGAUAGGAGUAAGAAAGAGGUGGAAGCUGAUGAUGGGUUUUAUUUGGCAGCCGUGGAUGGGGAGGGUUUGGGGUUUAAGGUUGAGAGGGGAUCGGCAUUGAAGGAAGCAGGGGUGAAGGAGAGUUUGGGGACUGUGGUGUUGAUAGUGAGGCCACCAAAAGAUGAUACAGAAAAUGAACUUGCUGAGGAAGAUUGGGAGUGAAGGAAUGUGAGGAUUUUGGUGGUGAUGUAUGUGAAUCUUUGUAACAACUUACAAUGCAGAUUUAUACAAUUUAUCUAAGAAUUGCAGUGAUGUCGAACACAUGAGAUGAGGUUUAGAUCAAUGCUCUAGAAGGGUUUUUUCCUCUCCUUGCUUCAUUAGCCUUGAUGGCCAUGUUGUUGUAAUUUCCAGAGUAUAGUUCUUUUGUAGGAGUGUUUACCCUGUAUGACUAUGUUGAUCUUACAACAAUAUAUAAACGAUUAUCUUUGAGUUC